AUGACCACAGACAAUUUGCAGCUGUCUAGAUGCAACCCUCAAUUCAUUCAUGAACAGAAAGAUAAUGGACAAGUUAAUUGCUUUAUAAAGUCAACUUCUCCUUUCUUCUUCGUCUCACACUCUCCCAUUCUCAAAGCUCUCUCUUCUGGGCUUUCACUUCAACCCAGAAUUUCUAGACUCUCUUCUCACCACUCCACCAAAAUGAUUAUGACCAGAUCAAGAACCAAGGCCAGGCAGAUUGAUUUCAUAAGCCAACUCCCAGAUGAAAUCUUGUGCCUCAUCCUUUCUCUUCUUCCAAUCGACGAAAUUGCAAGGACGAAUGUUCUUUCAAAGAGAUGGAGGGGAUUGUGGCGAUCCAUCAAUACCCAUCUUGAGUUUGAAGCGAGACGCAUGAUUAUGCCCUUAGCUCAAAGAGAAGACCCUUACGAAGCACUUCGUCCCUAUUCAGAACUUGGUAAACUCUUGAAUCGUCGCAUGGAUCUCCAUGGUCUAACGAUUGCUUCCUUUUUGUUUUUUCACUCUGGUGACUUGCAAAGUUGUCGGUUCAUCCAUUUUCCAUAUAGUAUCCUCCAUGAGCACGUCGUCACCUGGCUUGGAUUUAUAAGGCCAAAGAAUGUGCAAAAUGUAAGCAUAGAGUGUGAGCUUUAUAACAUAGGAACAAACCAAAACUGUCUUCGACAUUUACCACCUUCUGAGAGAUUUUCAAAACCUAAUUUUCCAACGGGGAUUUUCUCGGGAUUCUGUUCACUUCAGCUCAUUCACUACGAUCUGCGUACUUCAAAACCGUUUGAGGGAUGCGAGAAUGUGAUGAAAACCUUGAUUCUGAAGAAUGUGGACAUCGAUGAUGAAACCCUCGAUGGAAUUUUGAAGAACUGUAAAGGAUUGGAGAAUAUAUGUCUCUUUGAGUGUUCUGGGUUUAGCAACUUUGAAAUUCAAAAUACCAAUCUGAAGGUUUUGCAACUGAUUGCUUUGGUCCUUGAAAAAAUACUUGUUUUUGCUGAGAGGCUUUAA